UAUUAGAUUUGAAAUAUGGCUGGCAACUCCUUGAUAGAUUUCGAUCCAUAUGAACUGUUGGAUUUGAAACCGGAGUGCACCGAUACGCAAAUUGUAAAAGCAUUCAGAAGAGCUGCCCUGAAGUGGCAUCCCGACAAAAACCCUGAUCGUAAGCAAGCAGCGCAAGAAAUGUUCUUGAAGAUAUCAAAGGCCUUUGAGUUGCUAUCAGAUGCAGGGGCUCGAGCUGCUUACAACCAUGUAUUAGCUACUAGAACAGCACACACCGUUUAUGUACAGAGAAGACAAAAGAAUGAAAGCGAUAAACGACGGAAAUUACGUGAGGAACUUGAAAGGCGAGAGGCAAAUGUAUUAAGCUCUCAGCAAAAUGAAGAAAAAGCGAAAAGAGAACUUGAAAAAGAGAUUCAGCGUCUACGAAAGGAAGGUUCCAAACUACUACAGCGUGAAAGGGAAAAUAUUGAACAAGAAAUUCGUAAGAGUGCGGCUGUGGAAGAGCAAAAGAAUGAUAACCGGUUAGUAGCUCGUUACAAAUUAAGAUGGAUACGGAAAAGUGAUCGAUGUAAUUAUGAUGAAGAUGAUUUCAGGGAAUUAUUUUCUAAGUAUGGACAUAUUUCCGAUGUAAUUGUUUCAAGCGGUAACAAAGGCUUGGCAAUUUUGGAGUUUGACGAAUUACUGGAUAUAGAUGGAAUUGAAAAAGAAAUUGGGAAGCCAGAAGUUCCAAUUACUGUGACAUGUUUACUAAAGCCACCUGCGGCGUUGAGAGAUUCGACUUUCAAAGUACAGCCAUGUAAACCGAUAGAACGACCGAUGACAUCAGUUGAAUUCGCUGAUUUUGAGGCUGAAGUUUUAGCGACGAUGAUGACUGGGUCAAAACGGAAAGCUGAUAGUGGAAAAAGCAAGUUUGAUAGUCUGUGAUUCGAAUCUUCUGUUGGUAAUUUUCUAUUGGUUACAAUUCUUUAAUAGAAUAUGUGAUUAGUCACUUUCGGGGCAGUGUAUUUGUACACAUGUGAGAUUGUCAUCAUAAAUCAGGAG